CAAGAGGAGCGUGAACAGUCAAGACGAAGGAUAAACAGUUUUCACCCAUCAACGAACUUGACAGUGACAUGUCUCUGUUGAAUAUUCUCGUCUAUGCCGGCCUCAUGCUGUCCCUCCCUCAGUGUUCCUAUCAAUCAUGCGAAGUAGGGACACCAAAACAGUGCAUGGAGGCAGAGUUUGCUCCAGGUAUCAAUUUGGCCGGGGAAGGCUUUGAUAUCACCAAUCUGGAGCGCAAGGGAGCCUUUGUGAUCAACAUGAAUACGUGGAGACACAAGGAUAAAACAUGCACCCUGUGCAGCAACCCCUAUUUAGAGAACAAAAAGCAGAAGCUCCCGUUGUCAGUGGUGGACUGGAGGGCGAAGCAGUCCUGCAACGGUAAAGUGGCCAGUACACUCCACCGAUCCAGUGAGUCUCUGGUGAGCUCCAGCGUCUCUUCUGUGGAGAACAACUGGCAGGCUAAUCUAGACUUUAGUAAGGCUGACAAAGGGGCCUCAUUGAUGCUUGCUGGUACUCAUUCUAAAAUGGCUGAAUACUCCAUGGACAAGUCUAAGAAUGACAAGUUCAGCUUCACAAGCCAGAGCAUGUCAUGUGAAUUCUACAGUUACAGAGUGUCCGGCAGUCCCAAGUUGCACAGAGAAUUUCUAAAAGCAGUGAAAAAGCUACCGAAAGCGUACUGCCCUGAAAACAAGCAAAGAUUUUACAAACUGAUUGACAACUUCGGCACCCAUUACAUCACCAAGGUGAAGAUGGGAGGAAGUGUUAAAUCUGUGACCAGCGUCCGGCAGUGCCAGGCCAGCCUGAACGGCCUCAGCACGGAGGAGGUGCAGAUGUGCCUGGAAGUUGAGGCGUCCGCUAGCAUUAACGUACAAAUUAAAACUCAAGCAAAGCACUGCAAGAAAGACAUUGACAAGAUGGAAAGUAAGACGUCCUUCUCCAGCCUCUUCAACGACAGGUUCACAGAAAUAAGGGGGGGGCAAACCACGGAUCCAGACCUUCUCUUCUCUGCUGAGAAAAACCCAACGGCCUACAAAGACUGGCUGAACACAGUACCACAGAAUCCAGACGUAGUCUCAUAUUCCCUGGACUCGCUUCACGAGUUACUGCCUUCUAACUCCCCAGUCAGGAAGAACCUGCGCUCCGCCAUUAGCCAUUACAUCCUGGAGAAAGGCCUGUGGAAGAACUGCAGUGACCGCUGCCAGGCCGGCAUCAAGAGCGACCCACGGGAUUCCUGCGUCUGCCAAUGCCACAAUGACAAAGCUGUAAACCAAGACUGCUGCCCGACCCGUAAGGGCAUGGCACGGGUCAUCAUAACUGUACAACGGGGUUCUGGUCUUUGGGGAGACACCACCACGGCCACUGACGGCUACGUGAAGGUGUUAUUUAACGGCCAGAUGGUCCGGCGUUCUCCUGUCAUAAAUAACAACAACGACCCACACUGGGGCAUGGUGGUCGACCUCGGCUCCCAGGAUGUGUCCUCAAGUAAAAAAGUGAGAUUUGAAGUGUGGGAUCAGGACAACAACUGGGACGACGACCUGUUGGGAGCAUGUGAUUCAGUUCUGUCCUCUGGGGUCAAGGAGGAUCUCUGCAACCUGCAACAUGGCAAGCUGUUCUACAAAUUGGAGGUGACAUGUGCUCCGAGUCUGAGCGGAGAAACAUGCAAGGACUAUAAACCUUCGCCUAUGAGCCAAAGUCUGAAGAAGCUGUAUGUGUCUCGUCAUGCACAUCCCGUUCCAAAGGCCAUUCUGUUGGAGAUGGGUGUGUUUGUGGAUGAACCAAGCUCACAGGGAAACCAGAGUCUUACCAACGAGCUUUCAAAGGUUGAUGUGAUAUAACAUCCAGGUUUGGCUUCUCUGAUGCUUUCAUAGCAACAUAUCUCUUCAUAAUAGGCGCAUCUAUAAAGCUAUGAAAUGAAACUUCACCCUUAACUGGCAUCCCUUGUUAAUUCUCUACUGAUUACAAAGAAUGAGAAGCAUGUCUGUUCGGGAAGAACGUUUUGACGAAUCGGCUUCGACUCAAUAAUGUAAAAUGCUCAGUUUUUGUUUCAGUUUAAUUUACAUUUAAGUCUCCUACACUUUGUGUAUGCAUGUGUUUGACAGAAGAGUUUUGCUAAAAUCUGUCAAACAUUUUCAAAAUGUGAAUAAAAGCAGUGGCAGAAAAGAUACUGUUGAUUUUAUAUACUGUGUCUGUGUACUUGUAUCAUAUAGUACCAUGCUGUAGAUACUGGCUUGUCUUUCACAGGACAGCCAAGCAUAUGCAGUAUGUCAUCUUAAAGUUUUUGCAGCUGUCAUAAUGUGAGUUUGAUUAAUCGCAGCUUUUACUUAUAAACUUAUUGAUGCAUUAUUUUUUACAUAAAAGAACAUGUUUGCCUCUGUAAGCAUUGUGCAUUUGUUGUAGCAUUUUAUAAUCCAUAUAAAUGUUCAUAAUAUUUUUGUUUUAUGUAUUUUAUUCCUGCCAUUAUAUUUAUUUGCAGUGUUUUUGACAGGAUUUGAUUUGUUUAACCAGAAUA